ACGGGGCACACUGCCUCAUCGCUCUUUGCUAUUCUGGUAACAAAAUAACAAGUGUUGAAUUUAGUUUAGAGUCACAUUCAAGAGGCAAAUUCAGCGAAUUGAGGCGCUCUGCGUGGAAACACAGCUUCCAACCACCUGCAACAACAACGCAAGGCAGCAUGAACAUGAACAACAUCAACAAAGGGGGAUACGUGCCACCAGGCUACUAUCCACCAAACGCUCCGCCCGCCGAGGGAGCUCCGUAUGCGCCGCCCGCCAGUGCACCAUACGCCCCGCCGAAUGCACCCUACCCCCCCGGCCCACUACAUCCCCAGCCACAGCCACAGCCCGUUAACUAUGGAUUCUCGCCGGGUCUACCUCAAGGAGGUUAUGCUCCAGUUCCUCAAAUGCCUGCCGGCGAGCCCAAUUAUGGAGGUCCAGCUCCCUUUGGAGCUGGAGGCGGGGCUCCACCUUACGGCUAUCCGCCUGGCCCCGCUGGUCCACCGCAGCCAUUUGGGUAUCCACCAGGGCCAGCAGGUCCGCAGCAGCCAAUCAUAAGCCAGCCAGGCAUGCCACCAGCUCAGCCCCAUCCAGGCAUGGGACCAGGAGGACCAGCAGGCGACUGGAUGAGUAUACCCUCAGGCAUUCCGAAUUGUCCGCGCGGAUUGGAGUACCUUACGAGUAUAGACCAGCUUUUAGUUAAACAGAAGGUGGAGCUGCUUGAGGCUUUCAUUGGCUUCGAGACCAAUAACAAGUUCUCAAUCAAAAACGCACUCGGCCAGAAGGUCUACUACGCGGUGGAGGACAAUGACUGCUGCACUCGCAACAUGUGUGGUCCUGCACGGCCCUUCGAUAUGAAAAUUUUCGACAAUUUCCAGCAAGAGGUCAUUCACCUGAAUCGGCCAUUGGCCUGCUCAGCUUGCUGCUUUCCCUGCUGCCUACAGACAAUGGAGGUCUCCGCACCGCCUGGCAAUGUUAUUGGAUCUAUAGAGCAGGAGUGGUCCAUUUGCUCUCCGUCGUUCCGCAUUUUGAAUCACCUUGGCGAUACUGUGCUUCGCAUUGAGGGUCCAUUCUGCACGUUCUCGCUCUGUGGCGACGUCGAGUUCAAUAUUGUCUCGCUAACUGGAGCGAAGGUGGGAAAAAUAUCAAAGCAGUGGUCAGGUCUGGCACGCGAAGUCUUUACGGACGCCGACUUCUUUGGCAUCACUUUCCCACUGGAUUUGGAUGUACGCAUGAAAGCCGUGCUGCUGGGCGCCACGUUCCUCAUUGAUGCCAUGUUCUUUGAGAAGUCUGGCAACCGCGAGGGAGAUACUCCUGGAAUGUUCUAGCUGUUUGUAAAUUUUUGUACGAUAGACGUGACCCCAAUGUAGUGUGAAAUUGACUAUCGAAGCCCUGUGAACUAUCGCAUACUAGUCCGCUAUGGCCAAAGCAAACGCAUUUUUCAGUCGCCCAAAUGAUAUUGAAUUGAUUUCAACAAGUUUCGCUAAAAGCGAUUUAAAAGUUCUUACAUUUUUUCGUU